AUGCUCCAUUAUGUUCCACUCCCUACCCUGGUCCCCGUUUUGCUACCACCCAUCGUUGUUCGUGACUUCGUGCGGGCCUACAUACCCUACGCGUGUUCCACUUGGCGAUCCGAUUGUUACUACUGUCGCUUGUCACUACGCUUUGUCUGCGUUCUCGUGUACUGGUCGUCGUGUCUGCUUCCUGACGCGGACUUUUAUACACUCGUUCACUAUCUGACAUCGGCUUGUUAUGCUCGCGGACAGGUGGAGCUGUACUACCAACGCGCUUUGGAAAUCUACAUUAACUCAUUUGGUCCGGAUAAUUUGAAUGUAAUACGGACGAAAAAUAACUUGGCGUCAGCCUAUCUGAAGCAAGGCAAAUAUGCUGAAGCAGAAGAGAUGUACAAACAGGUUUUAACUCGCGCGCACGAGAACGAAUGUGCAGAGGUACCCAACAGCAAACCACUUUGGGUGAUUGCAGAGGAGUGCAAUGGAGGCACUGCGAAUGCCACUAAAGAGGCGGCAGAUUUGUUCCGAUUCAUGAGUAUCAAAAUGAUCGCCGAUUUGCUCAGUCCAUCUCUAGACGUAAUCCAAUACGCGCGUUCUACCCCCGACCAGAAAGUGGAAUGCCGGUACGCCCAUCUCGUCACUGCCUCACUGGCCCUGUAA